UCCCCCCUUUCCCUGUUUCCCCUUUUUCUCUUCGCGAUCUUCUCCUUCUGCUCAUUCUUCUUCUCAUCUCCCUCUCUGUCUUCGAAUCGUACGCUCGUGUCAAUUUUCCAUUCGCACGUGCGACACAAGCGCUGUCUUGCCGAUUCUUUUGUCCUUUUUUAUUCCGAUCGUCGUCUUCGUCGUCUUCGUCGCAAUUCUCGGUCUUACCAUCGGAAUUCUCGAAGCUCCGAUCGCAGCUGCUCUUGCUUCUGCUUUCAAUUCGCAUUUUUUCCUCAGGGUAAGUUUAAUUACAGAAAUGCCAUGAAAGGGAUGUAUUUGAAGUGACAAUUAUAGGAGGGCAAAAAGAAAGAAGCAUGAGUGGUGGUGGAUGGUGCGAUUGUAACGCGAGAGUGUGGAAUAAGUUAUGCAGUGGUUGUUUCUAGUUGUGGUAGUUACAAAGACAAGGCGAAAACGAAGAAGGAAUAAGGAUAGAAAUGAAUGUGCAGGCGCAUAUGUCGGGACAGAUAUCGGGGCAGGUACCUAAUCAAGGGGGAUUGCCCCAGCAAAAUGGGAACCCUCUUCAGCCUGCCCAGAUGCAGAAUUUAGGCGUUGCUGGAGGCAUGGGUGGUGGUGGCGUUGUUGGCGGUGGAGGUCCUCCGCAUAAUACACUGAGUAUGGACCCUGACCUCAUCAGGACACGGGAAUUUAUGCGAGGAAAGAUCAUUGAGGUUUUAAAAUUGCGGCACCAGCAUCCUAUUACUGAGGCAUCAAUGAUCAAGUUUCUGGAUUUUGCAAAACGGUUGGAAGAAGGUCUAUUUAAGUUCGCUCAAACAAAGGAGGAAUAUACAAAUUUGAGUACUUUAGAGCACCGUUUACAGAAUAUAAUAAAGGAGAGCAGAAGUGUGCACAACCAACGACAUCCGCAGCUUGUUAAUUCGGCAUCAGCACCAGUUGGUACAAUGAUACCCACCCCUGGUAUGUCACACAGUGGCAAUCCUAGCAUCAUGGUCACAUCUUCUAUAGAUACUUCUAUGAGUGCUGCCAAUGCAAGCAUAGCUCCUACAACUGUCAAUACAGGAAGCCUGUUGCCAACUGGUGGCAUGAAUAGUAGUUCCUUCAACCGAUCUGAAGGAAAUAUAUCGAAUGGGUAUCAACAAUCACCUGCCAAUUUUCCUAUUGCUUCUGGUGGAAUGUCAUCAAUUGGUGGGCCAAGAAUGACAAGCCAAAUGAUUCCCACUCCUGGAUUUAAUGGCAAUAGCAAUAACAGUAGCAUUAGUAAUCAGUCUUACAUGAAUAAUCAGUCUUCCAAUAAUGUGGGUGGGCUUUCAACUGUUGAAUCAACAAUGGUAUCACAGCCACAGCAGCAAAAGCAACAUGUUGGUGGUCAAAACAGUCGUAUUUUGCACACGCUUGGCAGCCAAAUGGGUAGCGGCAUCAGGUCUGGCUUGCAGCAGAAAACUUUUGGGUUUUCUAAUGGGUCCCUAAAUGGUGCAUUGGGGAUGAUGGGCAACAAUAUGCAAAUUGUAAAUGAACCGGGGACUUCUGGGGGAUAUCAGACUGCCACACCUUUUGCUAAUACAUCAAAACCUUUGCAACAACACUUUGAUCAACAUCAGCGACCCCUAAUGCAAGGUGAUGGAUAUGGAAUGAGCAAUGCUGAUUCUUUUGGGUCUGGAAACUUGUAUGGCACUGUGACAUCUGUUGGAUCAGUUACAAACUCUCAGAACUUGAAUCCAGUUAACUUGCAGUCUAUGUCCAGAACAAAUUCUUCUUUGAUGAGUAAUCAGUCAAAUUUACAUGGUGUGCAAUCGGUGGCCCAUAUGAGGCCGCCCCAGUCCAUGGAUCAGUUUGAUAAGAUGAAUUUCCAACCUUCAGUUUCUUCGAGAGACAAUAUUCUUCAGUCUAAUCAACAGCAACAAUUUCAGCAGCAGCCCAAUCAGUUCCAACAACAGCAAUUUGUUCAACAGCAACGUCACCAGAAGCAGCAAAAUCAGCAUCACCAGAGUUUGCUGAACAAUAGUGGUUAUAGUCAGUCUCAGAUGGCAUCUGAUAAAGGCAGUCAAGUGAAGCGUGAACCUGGAGUUGAAAACCAUGAGGAGGUUCUACAUCAACAAGGUCCUGAACAAUUUCAGCUCCCUGAAUUGCAGAAUCAGUUCCAGCAGAACCAUGCUGAAGACCUCUCUACUCAGCAGGAUAUGUGUUCAUCACUGCCACAAAAUUCUCAACAAAUGCAACAGAUGUUGCAGCAACACCAAUUGGUUCCAGAGUCUCAUAAUGAUUAUAAACUUUCAGCUGGAGCACAGCCUGAAUCACUUGUGCAGAGUCAGUGGCACCCUCACUCACAAGAUCGGGCUCAAAUGCCAGGGAACAUGUCACAUGAGCAGCAUGUCCAAGAGGAUUUUCGUCAGAGGAUAUCUGGGCAGGAUGAAGCUCAACGUAACAAUUUUUCUGCAGAUGGAUCUACUAUUAGUCCUGUCGUUGUUCCUAGAAGCUCAUCAGAUCCUUCAAAUUCGAGGGGUGCCGUCUCUAGAUCUGGAAAUGGGAGCCAUGAUCGGCAGUUUAGAAAUCAAGUGAGAUGGCUUUUGUUUCUGCGCCAUGCACGUAGAUGUAAAGCCCCUGAGGGUAAGUGUGAUGGCUAUUGCUUUACUGUCCGAAAGUUGUUGAGUCAUAUGGACAUAUGUGAAUCAGCUCAAUGCUCAUAUCCUCGUUGCCAUCACUCCAAGAUAUUGAUUCGUCAUCACAAGACUUGUGCAAAUCCUGCAUGCCCUGUUUGUGUUCCUGUUAACAAUUAUGUUCAGGCUCAGAAGGCACGUGCUUGUCUAAACUCUACUUCUGUUUUGCCAUCUUCUGAUGGUGGUUCUACUAAAACAUAUGAUGCUGGAGACAUUUCAGCUAGAGUGACUUCAACAACUGCAUCAAUUGAUACUUCUGUAGACAUACAGCCUUCACUAAAACGCAUGAAGAUAGAGCAGUCUUCUCAUCAGUCUGUUAUUGCUGAAAGUGAGGUUCCUGUAGUAUCAGGUUCUGCUGUUGUUGAACCUCAAGGGUCUCAGGAUAUUCAGCGCCAAGAUUACCAACAAAGUGAUAGGUGUAUGCCAGUUAAAUCUGAGCCCAUGGAAGUGAAGACAGAAGUCCCCAUGAGUUCUGCUAAAGGUAGUCCUACUAUUAUUGAGAUGAAGGAUGCUGUAGAUGACAAUUGCAAACAAAAGACUGAUGGUGAACCUAUUACAUCUGAUGACUUUGGUGGUCCACCUAAGCAAGAAAAGGUUAAGAUUGAGAAGGAGUCUGACCCAGCUAAACAAGAAAAUGCAACACAGUCUUCUGAAAUUGCAGCUGGAACUAAGUCUGGGAAACCGAAAAUAAAGGGUGUGUCACUGACUGAACUGUUCACGCCUGAGCAAGUUAGGCAGCAUAUUACAGGCCUCCGACAAUGGGUUGGUCAGAGUAAAGCAAAAGUGGAAAAGAAUCAAGCAAUGGAGCACUCAAUGAGUGAGAACUCCUGUCAGUUAUGUGCAGUUGAGAAACUUACUUUUGAACCACCACCUAUUUAUUGCAGCCCUUGUGGUGCUCGGAUUAAGCGAAAUGCAAUGUACUACACAAUGGGAGCUGGUGAUACACGACAUUACUUUUGUAUUCCAUGCCAUAAUGAGGCUCGUGGAGAUAGCAUUGUUGUGGAUGGAAAUACCAUUCAAAAGGCAAGGCUUGAGAAGAAGAAGAAUGAUGAAGAGACUGAAGAAUGGUGGGUUCAAUGUGACAAGUGUGAGGCUUGGCAGCAUCAAAUUUGUGCUUUAUUUAAUGGUAGAAGGAAUGAUGGUGGGCAAGCUGAGUAUACAUGCCCCAAUUGUUAUAUUGCUGAGAUUGAAAGAGGAGAGCGCAAGCCCUUACCUCAGAGUGCUGUCCUUGGGGCCAAAGAUUUGCCAAGAACAAUCCUUAGUGACCACAUAGAGCAGCGAUUGUUUAGGAGACUGAAACAGGAAAGACUAGAGAGGGCAAGGGCUCAAGGAAAAAGUUAUGAUGAGGUUCCUGGGGCUGAGGCACUUGUAAUUAGAGUUGUUUCAUCAGUUGAUAAAAAGCUGGAAGUAAAGCAGCGGUUUCUUGAAAUUUUUCAAGAAGAGAAUUAUCCACCAGAAUUUCCAUAUAAAUCAAAGGUUAUUUUGUUGUUUCAGAAGAUAGAAGGGGUAGAAGUAUGCUUGUUUGGCAUGUAUGUUCAAGAAUUUGGAUCAGAAAGCGCAUUCCCAAAUCAGCGCCGAGUUUAUCUGUCAUAUCUAGAUUCAGUCAAGUAUUUCCGGCCUGAGGUUAAAGCAGUCACUGGAGAGGCUCUCCGUACAUUUGUUUACCAUGAAAUUCUUAUUGGAUACCUUGAAUAUUGCAAGAAACGUGGUUUUACAAGUUGCUAUAUAUGGGCUUGCCCUCCGCUAAAGGGUGAAGAUUAUAUCUUGUAUUGCCAUCCAGAAAUUCAGAAAACACCUAAAUCAGAUAAGCUGCGAGAGUGGUAUUUAGCAAUGCUAAGGAAAGCUGCCAAGGAAAACAUUGUAGUUGAUCUCACUAAUCUAUACGAUCAUUUUUUUGUAACUACUGGUGAAUGUAAGGCCAAGGUAACAGCAGCUAGGCUGCCAUAUUUUGAUGGUGAUUACUGGCCUGGGGCUGCUGAAGAUCUAAUUAAUCAGCUUCGUCAAGAAGAAGAUGGCAGAAAGCUCAACAAAAAAGGAACUACUAAAAAGACUAUAACAAAGAGGGCUUUAAAAGCAUCUGGUCAGUCUGAUCUCUCUGCUAAUGCAUCAAAGGACGUGCUACUGAUGCAUAAACUUGGUGAGACCAUUUGCCCAAUGAAGGAAGAUUUUAUCAUGGUUCACUUGCAGCAUUGUUGCACUCAUUGUUGUAUUCUAAUGGUAUCUGGAAACCGCUGGGCCUGCAACCAGUGCAAAAACUUUCAGCUUUGUGAUAAGUGCUAUGAAACAGAGCAGAAACGUGAAGAAAGAGAGAGACAUCCCAUCAAUCAAAGGGAGAAACAUGUGCUCUGUCCGGCUGAAAUUAAUGAUGUACCUACUGAUACAAAGGAUAAAGAUGAAAUUCUUGAGAGUGAAUUCUUUGAUACUAGGCAGGCAUUUUUGAGUCUUUGUCAAGGGAAUCAUUAUCAGUAUGAUACCCUAAGGCGGGCUAAACAUUCCUCAAUGAUGGUACUUUACCAUCUUCACAAUCCAACUGCCCCUGCAUUUGUCACGACCUGUAACAUAUGCCAUCUGGACAUUGAAACUGGUCAAGGUUGGCGCUGUGAAGUUUGCCCUGAUUAUGAUGUAUGCAAUGCAUGUUACCAAAAGGAUGGGGGCAUUGAUCAUCCUCAUAAGUUAACAAAUCAUCCAUCCAUGGCUGAACGUGAUGCACAGAAUAAAGAGGCUAGGCAACUACGUGUUCUGCAGCUUAGGAAAAUGCUUGACCUUUUGGUGCAUGCAUCACAAUGUCGAUCUGCACAUUGCCAAUACCCAAAUUGUCGGAAAGUGAAGGGGCUUUUCCGCCAUGGAAUACAAUGCAAGACACGUGCUUCUGGUGGUUGUGUUCUUUGUAAGAAAAUGUGGUAUCUGCUGCAACUUCAUGCACGCGCAUGCAAAGAAUCUGAAUGCCACGUACCACGUUGCAGAGAUCUUAAGGAACAUUUGAGGAGGCUUCAACAGCAGUCUGAUUCACGGCGUAGGGCUGCUGUGAUGGAGAUGAUGAGGCAGAGAGCUGCUGAGGUUGCUGGUAAUUCUGGGUAAAACCAAAUUGUAAAUAUGGAUUUGGAUGUUUUGAUGAAGAAUGCUCCCUUCUACACAAGGAGGUAGAAAAUAGUUUUUGUGCUGCUCCAGCGGGUCACUGCUUGGAACUAGGGCAGUGAUGGGGAAAACCGGCGGAUCUAGAAGGUCAGGUCAGAAGGGGAUAGGCAAAUACUAUACUAGAAGCAGAACAGAUUGGUUAGGGAAGAAUUCUUUCAUUCAGAAACCCGUGACUGAAUUCCCUACAAAGAAAGCAAAGGAAGUUGUUUACGAGGUCUGCCUGCAACGGUCGCUAACUAUGCCCCAUGGAGUUGGAAGUAGUGAUGUGUGUCAGUGGCCUGAUAUGGUGAUUCUUUAAAUUUUUAUCUUGUAUUCUGUGGAAUGCCAUCCAUCCCUUGGUGGCCAGUGUACCAUAAUUGUUCUAAUCUGUCUAAGAAUGCUUUCUUACAGAGGAAUGUGGGAGGGAGGUUAGUUUCCUUUUUUUUUUUUGGGUUCCUUUCUAUGUUUUCCCUUUGGAACAUUUGACCCCCCCUUUUUGUAGAAUGGCUUCUUAUUUAAAAGAUGGAAAAAUAAGUAGCAUUGAACAACUGCAGCAAGCAAUUCAUUUUUAGUCAAAUUAUUCUUAUAUAGCUCAAUCAACGUGUGUUUGAUUUUUA